UCUCAGAUUUCUCCAAAUGAAUUUGUGCAUUUGUACAUUAUUUUUUUCAAAAUGCUUGCGCUAAUUCUCUGUGUGGGAAUGCUGCACCACAUCUCAGAGGCUGUCCCUGUGGAAAAACUAGCAGACAAGAAGAUUUGUGGUGAUGUGGAGUGCUCGUAUGCUCUCUCCAUGGCCACGGCCUUGGACGACUUCAUUGCUCCAGACUGCAGAUUCAUCAAUAUCAAGAAGGGUCAGAAGGUUUACGUGUAUUCUAAACUGGUACCAGAGGAGGGCGGUGGUGUCUUCUGGUCCGGCAGUGUGUACAGUGACCGCUAUGUGGACCAGAUGGGCAUCAUUGGAUACUUUCCUGCGCCUUUAGUGAAGGAGACACACACGUUUAGGGAGGACACGCGCCAGAUUCCGACAGCAAACAUGGAUUUCUUCUGUGCUUAAGGUGGAUAGAUGCUGUUUUGUUAACUUACUUACUUACGCACGCCCCCUCCAAAUAAAUAAAUAAGCAAAUGCUUGUUGCUCCAACAUUGAACUUGGAUACUUUUAACGAUGGGUAUGUCAGAAUUUGAUCUUUGAUUUUCCAGCAUCUCAUUAGUCAGCAAAGUUUAUUCAAUUUUAUUUGUUCAAUUUUAUAAACAGUUAUCCUGAGUGAUUAUUAAGUGGUGUGGCAAAAGUAUAAAAAGCAGAGGUCGCUAAAGUAUUGCACUUAGGUAGAACUUAUAUACUUAUGUUUUAUGUUAAGAAGAACAACAAAAAAGAAUGGUAAAAUUAGUCCAGAUUUAAAUCAACUACUAAAGCCAAAUUUAAAAACUAUAGGCUAUCGAAUGUACUUAAAACACCAAAGUAAGAAUGGGAUCCGAAAGAAAUAUGACAUAAAAAUUCAUCUGUGAAUCCUACUUAACACCCUACUGCUUAUUUAAUGAUUUGUCAAAUAAACCCUCCUUUCCACGCCAAUCUCAUUCACAACUGUUUAUUUGAACAGACGGCGACUUUUGAAAAUUGGUAAUUGUACCCUGUCAUUGCCACUGUACAACAUGAUGAUCUUCACUGUCACAGCAGUGUCAAAAUUUUGUCAUUGACUGUCUGAUUUGUUGAUUGACUCGUACUGCAUAUCAUGGAAAUGCGACCCUUUCAUCAAGAGUAUCACAUACAUUGACCAAGUCAUAUUGUGUGUUAAGGUAUUCCAACAGACCUCAAUACCACACAGUUUGUAUUAUAA